AUGCUUCUAUAUAAUUUUGUGUCUGUAGCUGUUUGGUGCAGCGCACUUGUGUCUGCGCUGCCUCACCAUAAAUGCAAAGAUGCGGCUGAGAAUGUACACCACGAGAAGGACAAAGAUACGUACAAGUAUGCUCCCCACAUCGCCAGGGAAAUUGUCAAGGGCUCCAACAUUGUUCACGUCAAUUCCUUAGACAGACACUCCAACCUACCCGUCUCGUUCAUCGAAUACGACAUAUCUUCUGAUUCAUGUCGCGAUGUCUCCUUCAAUGAGAACGGGAACCCUGUUUUGCUGCUUUCCAAGAUGAGUUCUUCGUACAAGAACUGGAAACACUCCGAUAACGAUGAAAUUACCAUUUCAGUAGAGCACGAGCAUUUCCCAAGGAGGGACCGGACCUUAGAGAGACCCAGAAUGAUUCUGUACGGUAAAUUGCUUGAACUAGAGCUUGAUGACAAGAAGGAGCUUCGCACUUUGAACAAAUGUUUCAAGAAACAACAUCGUGAUGCUGGCACCUGGCUGCCUGGCGAAAAGCAUUCUGUUGUAAACGAUACCGUAUACUUCGAGUUCAAUGUUACCUCUUUGUACUUCAUUGGCGGGUUCGGAGACCACGCUUACAUCGGGAACAUUACAGGCGAGGAUUACCACUCUGCACACCCACCACACAAAAAACCUCCUCACAAGAGACCACCAUUCCCAGUCCCACCUGAGAGACCACCAAUUCCUCCUCCACACAGUCCUCCUUCCCCACCAAAACCACCACAUGGCCCUCCCAAAUUCGGGGAAAACACUUGGAACAUUUGGGAGCUUUUGAGAGACUUUAUGGAACACUAUUGA